AGCGGAGCUGGGUUGCAACAGGAGGUGGACUUUCAGACAAGCGUGAGAGGCCGGCGGGAGGUUCCGUGGGGAGCUCAGACUAGAAAGCGCGUUACGGGAAAGGUGAAAUGAACCUUUGGAAACCCAUCGGGGAAAGAAUCCAUGACCAAAGGACCAAGAGAACUGCAUGAUUGCUGGCCCCUGGCCGGCUAACGUGCAGAAAUGGGCCAGACCUCAGUCUCCACGCUGUCUGAGCAACGUUCUAGUGUUGAUGGGCUGGAUAAGGCUUCCAUUGCAAACUCAGAUGGACCCACUACAGGUUCCCAGACACCUCCUUUCAAGAGAAAGGGUAAACUCUCUUCUAUAGGCAAGAUCUUUAAACCUUGGAAAUGGAGAAAAAAGAAGACCAGUGACAAAUUUAGAGAGACCUCAGCAGUGUUAGAAAGGAAGAUAUCCACAAGACAAAGUAGAGAGGAGCUGAUAAGAAGGGGAGUGCUUAAGGAAUUGCCUGAUCAAGAUGGAGAUGUAACUGUAAACUUUGAAAAUUCAAACGGGCACAUGAUACCCAUCGGAGAGGAGGCCACACAAGAGGAAAAUGUAGUAAAGUCUGAAGAAGGUAAUGGCUCUUUGUCUGAAAAAGCAACAACUGUGGAAGAAAAAGCAGAAGAUAAGAAAGAAAACCCAGAAAACCACUCUGAAACACCGGCACACCUAGUUCCAGCUCCUCCUAAGCCCAAGCCUAAACCUAAACCUAAAAAAACAGCUGUACCUCCAAAAGGGGCCGCUGCUGUACAGGCGAGCCACAAGGGUGAUGAAGCACCACCCAGUAAAAAAACCACCAAGCCUUCUGGUAAGCAGCCCCCCAUCCCUCCACCCAAGCCGACAAGCCGAGGGGUGAACCGAGAGGUCGCUAGUUCCUCUCACUUGAAAAAAGCAACUGUGUCCAAGUCAUCAUCUUCACCAUCAACUUCAACCACCUCAUCUCGUUCCAAAGCUUCCAAGGAACCAGCUUCCAGCAAAACAGCUGCAGCAGGGACUUCACGGAGCAAGAAGAAAGCAGGCAAACAAUCAACCCCCCGCCCACUUCCAGAGAGAGCGGUUUCUGCCACAUCCAACCUCAAGGGAGAGCCUUUAGAAACCAGAGUAGAAAGUCUGAAGUCAGAGGAGCCUCCCCCCAUUUCAGAAGGGCAGAAUACAGACCUACAGAAUAAGUCAGUAGUCCCUCCUCCACCUGUAGCACCACCUCCUCCUCCACCAGCUCCUCCUCUUCCUCUGGAAAAUCAGUGCAUUAAUGUGUCUGAUAUUCCGGCUGUCACCAUUAGUGAAGGGGCCAGCCUACCUGUCUCUGCCUUAGACUUGGAUCAUCUUAAGACAGAAGAGUUGACAGAGAGAACCACUCUUCCUUCAGAUACCAGCUUGGGUGUUAACAGAGAAAACACAAAAUGUUUGACAACCAAAGAAGAGCUGAUGAAGGAUGCGCCACGGCUAAUGAUUCCUGUUUUGAUGGGAGAAUCUUCUGAAUCUCUCAGCAGCACAGAGAUUGAAGUCCAAAGAGAGAACCAAGCUAAUGACUCUGAUUCAGAUGGGCCUAUUCUGUACACUGACGAUGACGAUGACGAUGAUGAGGAUGAGGAUGAUAGUGGCGAAAGUGCUUUGGCAAGUAAAAUACGUCGCAGGGAUACUCUUGCCAUCAAACUUGGCAACAGACCAUCUAAGAAAGAAUUGGAAGACAAGAAUAUCUUGCAGCGAACCUCUGAAGAGGAGAGGCAGGAAAUUCGACAGCAGAUUGGAACAAAGCUUGUCAGGCGAUUAAGCCAGAGGCCAACGAGUGAAGAACUAGAGCAAAGAAAUAUUCUAAAACAAAAAAAUGAAGAAGAAGAACAAGAAGCAAAAAUGGAACUGAAACGCAGACUCAGCAGAAAGCUCAGUUUGAGACCAACAGUGGCAGAGCUACAAGCGAGAAGGAUUCUUCGGUUUAAUGAGUAUGUCGAGGUCACUGAUUCUCCUGACUACGACCGCCGAGCAGACAAACCCUGGGCCAGACUAACACCGGCAGAUAAGGCAGCAAUAAGGAAAGAGUUAAACGAAUUUAAAAGUACAGAAAUGGAAGUCCAUGAAGAGAGUCGACAGUUUACAAGGUUUCAUCGCCCCUAAUGAAAUGCAAGACUAUUGUGAAUCAAUCAUUUGCUAAUAACCUUUGGGGAAAGCACUGUUUCCUGAAGACUUGAGAUUGCACUGGAAUUCGAAUGUGUGUGUGUGUUGCAACUUAACCUGUGAUAAAGAAAGUGGCCCUUGGUUUUAUUGGAGAAGAACUCCUCCCCUUUUAUUGGAGAGCUCUGAUACAAGGCAAAAGAAAAAGAGAAAGACACAGUGAUCCUUUUUGUCCAGCAAGUGUUGAUGGUAAGAGAUACUCUGCUUCAGCCAAGACCAACUCACAUGGCUAAACAGACUUUUAUUCAGCAGAAUUUUGACCAAGGAAGAUGAACAGAAGACAAUCAUAGGCUUCUUUUUUUCAGGAAUACAGAGUUUUAUGGUAAUCAAGAAAAAUGUGCAGUGGGAUUAUGAGGCACUGGGAAUCAAGGUGGAAAAGGAAAGGGAAAAAAAUUAGUACUUCAACAUAGUAACAGAAAUCAGACAAACUAAAGAAAAAGUGUAUUUUUUGACAUAGGAAUUUUUUGGGUAAGAAUGAUCACCCUAGAAGUAUUUACAAGUAUGACUACCUAAUGAUUCAGAUCUGUACCAGGAAGACUAUUCAUAUUUCAUCUUUACUUUAGUAAAAUACAGUAAUUUUAAUUUAUUUGGUGCCAGUGAACCCAGUUGCCAGGAAUGAGUCUGAGUGUUUUCAUACACAUUUUUCAUAAAUGCAAGAGGCUUGCACAGACUCUAACAAGCAUGCUUAAAGAAAUGUUGCAUGCUCAAGUAGCAAAACUAAACAUGCUUUACAUAUUUUUAUACUCUUACUCAAUGUACCUUCCAUGAUGUUAGAAUUACAGGAGUGGUAGUAAAGUAGGAAAUAAUGUGAUUUUAUAGGACUGCAGCAAGUUUAGAAACAGACUGGUCUUUCUCUCAGAAGUGAGAACACCCUAAAUAUAAAGAAAAAUAAUUGACAAUCGUGAUACCAUUUUAAUUUUGAACCCAAAGUCAAAACUCAAGAGAAUUACAGGUGUCCUGCCUGUAAUUAGUUUCUAACAGAAAUUAUCAGGACUAUAGUUUUUAUUUAUUUAUUUUUAUUAGUUUAAAUGCUGCAUUAUUUGGGAUCUUUGAAAUGCUGCUACAAAGAAAAAUGUGUGGAUUAACAAGUACUCAGCAAGAGACUUUAAAACUUCACAUAAAAUCUGUUACAUUGUGUAUAAAAUACCUAGUCUCAUUUAAUAAUUUGUAAAAUAUAUCUCUGAGUAUAGUAUUAACUAUCGAAGCAAAAUGGUCAGUAAGACUGAAGAUAUGGGGAAAAAAAUCUGAUUUUCUUAUGUUGGUCAAAGAUGAGGUCAGUAUCGUUUACACUAAGGUGUCCUCUAUUGUCUUACUUGCCAACACUUCCCAUUGAGUGUGUGCAUCAUGUGAUUUCUCUGCUCCCAAAUACCUGUAAUCAUAAAGAGAGGUUUUAAUUCUUUUGUUUAAAAUCACUUUCAAAUGUGUGUAAAUACUGUAGUAUGUUUAAUAGUAAUUGGUAUGCCCCUUUUAUUUUUUUCUAAUACGUAAUUGACAUAAGGCAAGGUCUGGGUAGGGUUUUCUCUCUUCCGCUCAGAUCUCAAGCUGGAUUUUCCUGAAUGUCCUUGGUUCAUACUAUUAAAGAUUAUAAUUUUACAUUUCAGAGCAAGCAUGAAAUCUGGUAGCUAAAUUUAGAUCCUAUUACUUAUUGAUAUUUUCAAGAACAGCUAACUGGAGAGUUUGGGGAUGAUUUUUAUAAAACGUAUUUAAGCAUCAGCUAGCUCUUUUUAUUUUAAAUAGGCUACACAGUCAUUUAUUCAUGGUCUCCAUUGAUAUGGCUACUUCAGUUGACUGAAGAGUUCAGAUUCUAUCAGAAUCCCAUAAAACAUUAACCUCUUAGUUCUAUAGCAGGAACAACCAGUACUAAUUUAUAGCCAAUAAAAGUGAGCAUCCCUGUUUCAUCCCUUGAUGUAAUGAAUUAAUAACAGAAUCAAUCUAGAUUCUGAAUGCUAUCGUUUUAUAAGUAUUAAAAGACAUGCUGCACUGAGGAAAUGAUGAAAAUAUGGUCCUUCUGCAUGUGCAAAUGCUUUUGCUUUAGUUUUGUCAAUUUCUAUAGCAAUUUCUAAACUGCCAUAGAAAUUAAUUCUGGACUAAGAAGUGGCAACAUGAUUUUCUUUCAUAUCAUGUUGUUUUUUUCAACUUAAAAAAAUACCAAAGAAUACAUUGCUUAACAUUUUUAUAUUUAAACUUUGCAACCUUUAAAAAUACAAUAACCCAUGAUUAACCAAUAAUCAAGCCCCUAUGUAAAUAAUGAAAGACAGAUGUUUAUACCAACUUUUCACACAGAUGAUAUGUCAUAGAAUGUUCACUGUUUGGCUGAUUAAAAAAAAGAAUCUUCUUUGUCAGUAAA